AUGAGAGUCUCUCUGUCAUCUAAGUACUGUACGAUGUCCGUUGAGGAUCUAGUUGAUCAACUUGACACGGAUAUCAAGACGGGCUUAUCCAAUCCGCAAGACAUAUCCACGCGUCGUUCCAUCCAUGGUACCAACGAGUUAGAUUCAGAGGACGAGGAAUCAUUGCUCUGGAAGUUUCUUGAAACAUUUUACUCUGAUCCGAUGAUCAUGCUUCUCAUUGGAUCUGCAGUCAUUUCUUUUGUCAUGGGAAACAUUGACGAUGCAGUCUCUAUCUCUGCAGCAAUUCUCAUUGUCGUUACCGUCGGUUUUGUCCAGGAAUACAGAUCAGAAAAGUCUCUCCAGGCAUUGAAUAAAUUAGUUCCAGAAAUGACACAUUUAACACGUAACAAUUCGACAGAAACUGUUUUGGCGAAUCACUUGGUGCCUGGGGAUUUGAUCCAUUUCAGUGUGGGUGACCGGAUCCCCGCAGAUGUCCGUUUAACGGAAGCCGUGCACCUCACAAUAGACGAAAGUAAUUUGACAGGGGAGACAAAACCUGCUCAGAAGAAUACCGAGAAAGUUACAAACCCAAACACAUCCAUCAGUGAGCGUUCCAACAUCGCAUUCAUGGGUACCUUGGUCAGGGAAGGCCAUGGUUCUGGUAUUGUUGUUGCAACAUCGAAGGAAACUGCGUUCGGUUCUGUGUUUGACAUGAUGUCGAGUAUUGAAAAACCUAAAACGCCACUUCAAAAUGCAAUGGACAAAUUAGGUGGUCAGUUAUCCGUUUUUAGUUUUGCUGUUAUUGGUGUGAUUGGUUUGAUUGGUGUCAUCCAGGGUAGAUCGUGGCUUGAUGUGUUUCAGGUCUCUGUUUCUUUGGCAGUUGCUGCUAUUCCGGAAGGUUUACCGAUAAUUGUCACAGUCACUCUUGCCUUGGGUGUUUUGAGAAUGGCCAAGGAAAAGGCGAUUGUCAAGAGAUUACCUUCGGUUGAAACGUUGGGUUCUGUCAACGUCAUUUGCUCUGACAAGACCGGUACAUUGACUCAGAAUCACAUGACUGUCAACAGAAUUUGGACUAUUGCAAUGGAAUCCAAACCAAUCGUAUUUGAGGAGUCAGACCUGAACUACUCAUAUAAUCGUGCCAUUAUUACAGACAUCCCAAAUGAUGUAAAGAUCUUGUUAAACACCGGUUGUCUCUGUAAUAAUUCAAAGUACUCAGUUGAAAAAGAAAGGUUUCAAGGAAACCCUACGGAUAUUGCCAUUAUUGAGUCGCUAAAGAAGUUCGGCCUUUAUGAUGUAAGAGAUAGUGUUCCUAGAAUCAACGAAUUACCAUUUGCUUCAUCUAGAAAAUAUAUGGCUGUUUCAUGCGGGGACGGAAAGGCUACGGAUACUUAUGCCAAGGGUGCAACAGAGAAAAUCUUAUCGCUAUGCAAAAGUUAUUACAAUAAGAAUGGUGAUGUUAUCAAGUUGACUCCAGAAAUGAAUAAUAUGAUAACUGAAGCGGCAAAUUUAUUUGCAGAUGAUGGUUUAAGAGUCUUAGCCUUUGCCAAGUCCAGUAAAUCAUUUGACGACGAACCAAAGGAUAUGAUUUUUUGUGGUUUGAUGGGUAUGAAUGAUCCACCAAGGCCACAGAUUAGGUCCUCCAUCCAGUUGUUGUAUAGAGGUGGUGUUCAUGUGAUCAUGAUCACAGGGGAUUCGGAAAAAACAGCUUUAAACAUAGCAAAUCAAGCAGGCAUGCCAACCAGUCCAAACUGUAUAUUAACGGGGGACAAACUAGAUCAAAUGAACGAAAUUGAGCUUGCGGAUGCCAUCCAAAACGUCACUAUUUUUGCCAGAACUAACCCGGAACAUAAGCUCAAAAUUGUGAAGGCUCUUCAAAUGAGAGGUGACAUUGUUGCGAUGACUGGUGAUGGUGUUAAUGAUGCCCCUGCCCUAAAGCUAGCGGAUAUCGGUAUUGCCAUGGGGUUGAACGGUACUGAUGUUGCCAAAGAAGCGGCAGACAUGGUGUUAACUGACGACGACUUUAGUACUAUUUUACAGGCUAUUAAAGAAGGUAAAGGUAUUUUCAACAAUAUUCAAAGCUUUUUAACGUUCCAGCUUUCUACUUCGGUUGCAGCUCUCUCGUUAGUUGCGCUUGCUACUCUUUUCAACUUGCCGAACCCUCUCAACGCAAUGCAAAUUCUAUGGAUUAAUAUCAUCAUGGAUGGACCUCCUGCCCAAUCUUUGGGUGUCGAGCCGGUCGAUGAAGAGGUUAUGAAUAAACCACCUAGAAAGAGAAAUGAUAACGUCCUUACCCUGCAAGUCAUAAAACGUGUUUUGCAAAGUGCGGUGUUCGUUAUCAUCGGUACUAUGUUUGUUUAUGUUAGAGAAAUGGGUGACUCGAUUACACGAAGAGAUACUACGAUGACCUUCACUUGUUUUGUGUUAUUUGACAUGUUCAAUGCACUUGCUUGUCGCUCAAACAACAAAUCUGUAUUUGAAAUGGGCUUGUCAAACACGAUGUUCAACUAUGCAGUUGGAGGAUCCCUUUUGGGCCAGUUGUGUGCCAUUUAUGUUCCAUUUUUCCAAGAGAUUUUCCAAACUGAAGCACUUUCUAUUGGCGAUUUGCUCUACUUGAUGGCAAUAAGUAGCACUGUUUGGAUUGCAGAUGAAAUUAGGAAGUACCUGACAAGAAAAAACGUCUUCAGCACAUCCGGGUACAGUACCUUUGUAUAA